CUCCCCCACAAUCAACCCCCUUUCACCGUAGUCGGUAUAUGUGUCCUGCGGCGAUGCACCUGGCUGUCAUUGAGAAAUGGGCUGUGCCACAACUGGUUGCCAUCGAACCCCCGACGGGAUAUCAGAGCAUGGCCAAAUCUGCCCUGUAUAUCACGCCAUAUUUCAUAGACAUCCCCGGAGUACUUCAGGAGUAUGACUUGGCCGAUCUACUGGCAUGCCGACGACCGCAGCCGCUCCUUGUGCUGGGGGCACUGAAUGCGCUGGAGAAUAAGAAUACAGAGCCCUACUCACAGGAGCAGCUGGAUCGGUCGUACAAAUAUGUAGCAUUGUCGUACGAUGCUCUGAGCGAGGCGAAGCAAACUGCAGUUUCCAUCAAACCUACCAACUGCCCUGGCGACACGGUGGGCAAAGGCAAGCCAGCCAUGAUGAAGAAGAAGGUUGACAGCUCCGACGCAACAACCGAGGAUACAAGUGCAGGCUACAACCAGCACUUCACGCAGAGCGACUGUGCCACGCAGGUCAUAGCACCCACCGUCCUAGAUUUCCUGCAGCAACACACCCCUACCGCUACCGACGCGACCACGAGUAAUAGUAUAGACACCGAUAAAACCACAGCCACGUCAGUGUCCAAUCAACAUGUGCUGAGCUUCUUCCCAGCGCCUGCACCGGAAGAUCGCCAGACCACUACCGCUGAGGGCAAGCUACUGGCCAUAGUCACAGCCACGCAGACGCAGAUGCGUAAGGAUGGGGUGAGUGCGAAAUCGCACGUGCGAGGAGAGAACGAGACACCCAGAGAUGGCCCUGCACGCACAACAGAGCAGCGUUUGGCUGCGGAUAGCGCGUCUAAGGAGAUAGCAGUUGGUGGCCUGGCUGUAGGGGUGCAGGCGCACAAGGAGGAGGGGUUGAAUAGAGGAUAUACGCGUGAUGGUACCGACAAGGGCGCAGAUGGAACACGCGACGAAGUGGCAAAGAACGAUGUAACGGCUGAAAAGAACGGAGACAACCAGGAUGACGGGCAGGGUACAAGUCCGAAAGACGGGGCAGCGGUACAUGCUACACCCGAAACAGCAGGACAGGGCCGGGUGGAAGGACAAGAUGGGGCAGAGGCGGAUACAGAGGGCAGGCUACCAGCGAAGGCUCCGACACUGAAUGAAGCUAAAGACGACGACGAUGGCGCCAGUGCAAAGAACAGAAAAAAUGGGGUGGAGAGAGAAGGCGAGGAGAAGGAAUGGGGGGUGACUACGCAGGAUGUGCUGAGGCUGAGCAUGGUCACCCAGAUGGAGACGAACGCGUAUGUAAGCAUAGCCUUCAUGUGCACGGUGAUGGUGGCGAUCUGCUUCAUUGGCUACCAUCUCAAGAACUACACCACCAAGGUGUACUCUAGGCGAAGGCGGCCGUACCAGCCAGCCGUGCAUGGCAAUGUCUGACAAGUGUAAGACUUCAAUAUCGUACGGCUGCGGGGUGACUCAUGUACGACUGUGUCGUAUAGACGUACAACUGUGACUGUGUCCAUGCUUUAGGGUUUUAGGAUUUUACUCACACAUCUCCAGGAAACGCCCACCCUUCACCACUUGAUUGGCGAUUGAACAGCUGGUUAGCCGUGUUUGCUCCACAUGGCUAGCACAAUAAGGCCUUGCACUACCGCACCUGUUAUAUAGACAAUGGGCUAUACCACGAAUACGUCAAUGUCAGCGCUGUAUCGAGCUGCCACAAAGUUUCGCCAGUGUUACUUAUGCGCCUCGCAGUGUUUGCCCAAGCGGUGUUCAUACAGGCCAGUCUUCGAGGUACAAACAGGAAAUCUUUCGCAGGCCUAUGUUCAAGAUGCAAACAGGUCAUCUUUCGCAGACCUGUGUUUAAGAUACAAACAAGCCAUCUUUCGGUAUCCAUACACCUCAGGGGUCAGUGUGUACGUAUGCACACUACGAAUAGUGGCCGAGCAACACGCUUUUCAGUAGUAUCUGGAUGAUUCACACACCAGGAAUUAGCAUCGACUCAAUUCAACACCAACAUAUAUAUUCAAAUACCACCUGUGUAAGAUUAACUCGUUGUCGAAUAAAACCUGGCUAAAAGACCC